CCGCUACACUACCUAGGUACUCGAAGGUAUUUUCGUAAUGGAUUUUUUUAUUCUAUUACAUUAUACUAUAUAUGUGUCGGACAGUUACGUCCGACAGUAUCUACAGAUCUGCUAAUGGCUGAUCGACGUAAUGUUAGGUUGGCCUACACCGUCAUGUGACUCUAUAUUUAUUAAUUAACAAGACCGAUCCUACAUUUGGUUUACUGCUUGACCCCUCGCUGCCAGUCCUGCUCCAACCCCUCUUGCAGUCCGCUCGAGUAAGACCAGCGGAUUGCCAAAUUGGGCAGCAGACUCACGGCAACUCCCGAAUAUAUAUGCUUCUAUGAAUUCCAUCUCUAUUUCCUAUAGGCAAUGCCCUUAGAGACUACCAAGAAAUCCUACAAAACAAGUAGCCAUGUCAUUUGUAGGUUCUGCCCAAGGGCCACGAGUUGUUAAACGGUCAAGGCUUCCCCAGCGAAGACGGGAAAGUGACGAUAUACGUCUGGGUGUUCUCAUCCUCCAGUUCAGCUACGUAGACCUCAAAGGUCUAAACCAAGAAGCGAAGCAAGUCAAGGAAGCAUUCGAAUCUAUGGGGUAUCUAUGCGAGAUAUACAAAAUCCCAAAUAGUGAUUCCCAGAAUAAGGCAGAAGAAAAAGUGAGAACCUUCCUAGAUGGGGAGGGACAAGAACUACGAAUCGUCUACUACCACGGACAUGGCGGAUACCCGUCCCAUUCGACCGGACUGGAAUUUUCUAGUCACAACAUACCUACAGGCGAGGGGGCGUCUCGCGAUGCCAAAAGAUUCCGGGACGCGAUUGAAAGCGCCUUAGCUUCCAAGAACUGGAAGGAGCUUGAAGCCAUCAGGGAUGAUCCACAAUACAAACGGUACGAUGAUGUCUCUUGUGUACAAUGGGACCCCAUUGCGAAGAUUAUCAUGGAAUCAGAUCAUGAGGUACUGGUGAUCCUGGACUGCUGCAUGGCUGGAGGGGCCUCUCUAUCGUUACUCAAACGUGCUGUUAAGGCUUUCGAUAACAAGCCAAGAAAGUCUAAGGCAGCUAAGGAACUAAUUGCGGCAACUGGAUGGUGGUCGGAUACGGACAAGUAUAUGAGUCCAGCUCUAUGCAGUGCGUUAAGGAAAAUAGGCAAAGACCGUAAAAGUAUUCCAGAGCUAGUCUUGAUGAUUGACGAGGAACUCGCGGAGAAGACCGCCCGUGAGAAACAGGAGCUCUCGAAGAAGAGGAACGAACUUGACCGUAAAUGGGACCUGUUAAACCAGCAGUCGAGUGCAGCAGAUAGAGGACAACUAGAGGACCGUGAGACCCAAGAGAAAGCGCUCAAAUGGGAUUACUUAAAGCUCGACGAGGAAGAUCGCCAGGUUAGCGACGAGGAAAAGUUUGCCCAGCAAGUUGUGCAUCGGCGUAUACAAAUCCCGACAGUACCGGGAAAGGAGCUUACACUUACGCAUCGGACGUUAACCAGGAAGAUUCGACAGGCUUAGAUUUUCCGAAUGUUCUUUCGUGUAUUGGAUAUGGAUUUUUGAGAGCCCAAAAGGCGGCAUACAGCCAGACACGAACACGACACGAACACGACACGAAUCUGGCACAGAUAGGUGCCUCGCAUGGAAGUUAUGAUCCCUUGCUCUAGUAGUGCGCAGAUGCUCGUACUAUCGUGGCACAGAUGACUGACGGCCUACCAAUCCCUCAACGAACCGUCUGUAUCGCCCGAUUGACAUGUUACAGCGUCCGGGUUGGAAUGAAGU